UGUGUGUAACUGUGCCUAUUAAUCACUGGUCAGUUCAAACAAAUACGGGGGAAACCCACCUGCUGCAUCUUCUUCACAUAUACAUAACAAAAUGUUAAGCAGCGUGACUCGUUCUGAGGUUCCAUGCUGCUUCUGGACGCUCGUGUAGUGGCCAGAAACGCGGUCUAGUUAGUGUGCAGGCAGCGCUAGGUGUUGAAACACAGCCGAGCGUCUCUCUCUGCUCGUCUCCGCUGGAUCUCUUCAGUGCUCUGUGCUUCUUUGUUGCAGAUGCGCAAUCCUCCAGCGGCUCAUGGGAACCCUCCGCGACCUCCAGUUUGCCCUGCAGACGAAGAUUGAGGAGCUACGGCAACGUGACGCCCUCAUCGAUGAGCUGGAGCUGGAGCUGGACGCUAAAGAUGACCUCAUCAGACAGCUGCAGGGCGAGCUGGACCGUCUCCGCACCUCCUCGGCCUCACACCACCCCUCCGGGACCACAGAAGUCACAGAUGAGCCCCUGCGCACUAAACGCCAGGCCAUAUCAGCCGAACCCACGGGGCUGGAUCCCAAUCAGCUCACCCACGUCACCCUCACCAACUACAGCAAGAGCGAGGAGUCUCGAGAGUUGAUCCAGAAGGCUCUUUUGGAGAACGAUUUCAUGAAGCACCUGGAGGCCAGUCAGAUCCUCACCAUCAUGGACUGCAUGUAUCCCACCACACUUGGACAGGGCUGCUGCGUCAUCCAGGAGGGAGACGACGGCUCUACCGUAUACGUUCUGGAAGAGGGGCUGGUGGAGGUUACCAAAGGAGGGCAGAAGCUGUGCACCAUUGAGCCGGGGAAAGUGUUCGGGGAGCUGGCGAUACUUUAUAACUGCACACGCACAGCCACCGUCACGGCUCUGACUGAUAUCAAACUAUGGGCUAUAGAUCGACAGGGAUUUCAAACCAUCAUGAUGAGAACUGGCCUCCUCAAGCAUUCAAACUACAUGGAGUUCUUGAGAAGCGUGCCUUCCUUCAAGACUCUCACUGAAGAUGUGCUGAGUAAAGUAGCAGACGUUCUGGAAGAGACUCACUACAGUGAUGGCGACUACAUCAUUCGUCAGGGCGCCACUGGAGACACGUUCUUCAUCAUCAGUGAGGGUCAGGUGAGGGUCACCCAGCAGAAAUCAGCCAAUGAGGAGCCAGUGUUCCUGUCCACACUGUCUCAAGGGGACUGGUUUGGAGAGCAGGCUCUUAAAGGGGAAGAUGUACGUACAGCAAAUGUAACGGCUGUUGGAGAUGUGAAAUGUCUGGUUGUGGACAGAGAGUCUUUCAAGCAGCUGAUUGGAGGACUGGACAAUAUGAGCAACAAGAUGUACGAGAGCGAAGAGGUGAAGGCCAGGUUGGAGGCAGAAGCUGCGUUCUUCUCUAGCAUGUCUCUCAGUGACUUCCAUGUGAUCUGCACGCUGGGGGUGGGCGGCUUCAGUCGGGUGGAGCUGGUGCAGCUGAAGAAUGAUCACAGUCGAUCCUUCGCCAUGAAGGUCCUGAAAAAACGUCACAUCCUGGACACGAGUCAACAGGGCCACAUCCUGUCUGAGAGACGCAUCAUGAUGGAAGCCCACAGUCCUUUCACUGUCAGGCUUUACCGGACGUUCAGAGAUGUGAAGUACCUGUACAUGCUGCUGGAGGUGUGUUUGGGUGGAGAGCUGUGGACUCUGCUCAGGGACAGAGGCUCGUUUGAUGACGGCACCACGCGUUUCUACGCUGGAUGUGUGGUGGAAGCUCUCGCUUUUCUACACUGCCAUGGAAUCAUCUACAGAGACCUGAAGCCUGAGAACAUCAUACUGGACCACCGGGGAUAUGCCAAGCUGGUGGACUUUGGUUUCGCUAAAAAAGUUGGUUUGGGGAAGAAGACAUGGACGUUUUGUGGAACCCCGGAGUACGUGGCCCCUGAGAUCAUCCUAAACAAGGGUCACGAUGUCUCUGCUGACUACUGGUCUCUAGGAAUCCUCAUCUUUGAGCUGCUGAGCGGAAGCCCACCUUUCUCAGGGUCGGACCACAUGAAGACGUACAACAUUAUUCUUCGAGGAAUCGAUAUGGUGGAGUUUCCCAAGAAAAUCCCCAAGAGCGCUGCAAACUUGAUCAAAAGACUGUGCAGGGACAAUCCAUCCGAGAGACUCGGCAACCAGAAGAACGGUGUGAAGGACAUCCAGAAACACAAAUGGUUUGAGGGGUUUAACUGGGACGGUGUUCGUGAAGGAAACCUGACUCCUCCGUUUAUACCAAAUGUGGAAGGGCCUUUGGACACCAGUAAUUUUGACUGCUUCCCCGAGGACACAGAUGAGCCGCCUGACGAGGAGUCCGGCUGGGACUUUGACUUCUGAUCACACAUAUUCAGUAUGAAGACAGCUAAGACACAAGGAGCAGUACUGAAUUAGCACAAAAUCCAGACCCUCACACAAAACACAUUUAAAAUGACAGCGCGCUCUCAUCCUUCACUCGCCUCGGCAUCCUUCCACCCCCGUGACCUUCUCUCUUCUGCGGAAAACAAAGGGUGUGUGUUUUUCAAUAUCCUCCACACAAAAAAGCCAGGUCUAGAGGGACACGAGGGUGAAUAAACAAUGACCAAAUGUUCGCUUUUGCGUAAACUGCCUCCUUUAUUCCCAUGAAAUUCAAGAAAGGUUCUUUGCUAAAUGUGUAAAUGUUUAGCCGCUUGAUUCGAUACCCAAACUACACUGUAGUGAAAAAUAUAAGCUCGAUGACCAUCUAGUGCAGUGGUUUUCAGACUGGUUCCUGGGGACAUUUUACACACCUGAUUCAGAUCAUCAGCUCAUUAGCAAAGAGCUCCGUGAACUCAAACGAGAAACAUGCGAAAUGUGCAGAGCAGCUGGUCCCGAGGAACGGGCCUGAAAAUCACUGAUCUAGUGAGGAUUCGACACGGAAAGACUCCGCCAGCAGAAUCUCACCGUGACAUUUCUAAAUAACAUGACUGGGCACAACUUUCCCAUUUAAUCUCAGCACUAGAGCCUAGUGAUCACCUGAUAGUCAUGCCUGUUAUAAUCAGGAGGAUAUAUAUAUGUAUAUAUAUAUAUAUAUAUAUAUAUAUAUAUAUAUAUAUAUAUAUAAAAUGAUAUGAUAUGAUAUGAUUCAGAGCAUGAAUCACAAAAGAACCAUUGUAGGUACAAUGCUAAAGAUAAAAACAUUGGCUAAAAAUGCAUUGCGAUCUGUACAAACAGGUUUAGUUUUGUUCUUCGGGUGACUUUGGUUUUCCCCACAGUUCUUCUUCGUUGAGGCUAAAUUGUUUUAAAUCAGUAGUUCUUGAUUAUUGAAUAAGGGGGGAAAAAACGAAGUAACUAAACGUUUAGAAUAGCAAAAUAUCUCAAUUAUUAACAUUUGAAAUCUCUUUUGAUAUCGAGGUCAAAUUUGUGUCCAAACCGGUUGUUACUGUUAACUAAAACUAUUAAAAAAAUUUUGGUAACUGAAGUCACAGCAAAAAUAAAUAUAAAAUGAAUGACUUAAAAACUGAAACACUGCCUUGACGAAUAAAAUAAAAUACGUUUG